CCGGGCGCGGCGCGGGGCCGACGACGCGCGACCCGGAGUCCUCUCACAAUCAGUAGUUGCUCAAUUUCCAUCUCCGACGGAUCUUGCCCAGUUAACGUGACGUUCAGCGUGGUGUCCAGUGGACCCGGACCCGACGCCCCACGCCCCAGUGAUUCCGUGUCCGACCCGGCGCCCCCCACCCCCACCCCCGCCCCUCGCGCGCCUCCAGGAAGCUUCAUCCCAGAAGUAAUGGCUCCACUCCUGGUGCUACUGCUGAGCAUUGUGGGUUGCGUCACGGCGCAGCUAGGCGUCGGGCAGGGCGGUCUCUCGUUCGCGAUCCAGCCGCCACCACCGGUGCAGCAGCAAGUGCCGGCAGCGGUCUUCCCGCGUAACAACUUCGCAGCGCCUGUCGAGAUAGGCAACCGGCGCUACGCCCACCGCGCGGUGCUCGUCAACUCGGAGAACGAGGCGCUCCUGCCCUCGGAGCUCCGCAACCCGUUCUACAAGAACCCUCGAGUGGCCGAGGCCCUCGCCAAGAACAGCUGGUUCACCCCCGGCGAGCAACACGUCGUCGACCGGGAGGCUGAGAAGAUCCCCAGGCAUAAGAUUUACAUGCUCCUCAAGGAUGCCGGCUUGGUUAAUAAGAGGCGGAGGAGGUCCACUUUCCGCUACUGAUGUGAAAUCGUGUUGAUAUCACUUUCAUGGGACAGUUGUUACCAGCACAUCCAAAGAUGUUACAAUGAUACUUGCGGAGAGAAUUUGUGACCCCAUUUAUCCUGUGAUGGAAGACGGAGUCUCAAACGGCACCCCCUCUUGUCAGAGAUACUGCCGACAUAACUUUGCGCUACUCAAGGUGUGAAUUUACGUGAUCUGUUAAGUAUGUUUGCUUCGGCUCGCCCUACGGAUUUCAAAUGUGUAAAAGAACAAAUAGAUUUCAGGAGGAGUCAUCAAAAACUACAAGAUGUUUUUUUAUUGCAAUUUUUCUGUUGCUUUAAAGAAUUUAAUCAAAAUCUAACGAUGGAUCUCACACAUCAAAAAUAAGUGUAAGUGAGUAUAAAAGAACCCUCCAAGUUUUGAUUGUAAUCGCAUGGUGUGGAAAUUUAGAUUGUAAAAGUUCUCAUUACGAUGAGAGGAAAAUACCACCUUCUUCCAGACUUUAGAAAGGUAAUGAGAAAAAAAUCAAUUUUUCAGGAAAGACUUACUUGUUGCCAUAAAUUUGAAUGUAUGUGAAAUAAAUUAUUUUAAGUACGAAUUAAAUAGAACCAAAAUACACUGAUAUCAAUCAAGUUACAUUCUUAGUUUGGCAUCAUUUCUUGUCGUAAAUCAAAACUAAAUGGACAAUACUGUACCUUAUCUGACCAUGGUAUUUAUUUGCUUGACUGAAAUGAAUUUCCGAUGACCAGUUGGUGAUGACUAUAAAUUUAGAAAAUAUCAUACAUCCAAAUCAUUCGGAAAUUAAAAAUAAAAAAGCUAUGUUCGUUCGUAAUUGAUUUCAUCAAAAUAUUAAUAUUAUACCUCUUAUUAAUAUUAUCAAAUAAUACAAAGAUUCCACUUGAUUUACAAUUUUGCAUGUAGUACCACUUACCGUUGUAAAAUAUCAAACCUCAAACUGAAUAAAUAAAGCUAAAAACCCA